ACCAAGGUCCGCAGUCCGAAGAAGUUCUUUCGAGAUUGAUGACCGCCAAUAACAAAAAAAAAAAAAAAAAUAAGAAAAAAAAUUAAUUUAAACACUAAUUUAAAAAUAAUGAUUCAAUCAAAAAUAAUUCUAUAAAAAUUUUAAUUUCAAAUAAUGAUAAUUAUUUCCCUAUUUUCAUAAUCUCUCACAUCAUAAAAUUUUCAACAAAAAAUAAUUUUUGAUAAAUAGUGAAGUUUUGUGAAAAUUUUAGAUAAAGAAAAUGAAGAAAAUAGCGUGCGCUUGGUUAGUGAUUAUUACUGUACUUGGUGCUUGCACAUGUGGAGUAAGAACCGCGUGCAAUGGACCAACGCAAAUUUCCGUUCUUAUUGGAGUACAUGAUGAUCCUGCAUGCAGAAAAUUGUCUUCCAAAGGAGUUAUGCUCUUCGAGGCUGCCAGGUUUCUUACCGAAGCGCACAAUAAUAAAACAAAUGGAUAUAAAAUAGACUUGGCUGUUAUGGACACGUGCGGAAGCAUUGCAGGAGCUCUGAAAGCUUCAAUGAGAGCUCUCGUUAAGGCAGAUGUCAACUGCUUACAACCACCAUUCCAUUUAGGAAUAAUUGGUCCAGACACAAUAACAAAUGCUGAGGCAGUACAGAAAGUAACUUCAGUUCUAAGAAUACCUCAUAUUCUGAGAAAACCAUCAAACUCGCCCUUUUUGCACUACAUGCCCAAAGAAUCGGAUGUAUACAUUGUUCGAGGAAUAUUAAAAAUCCUGAAUGCUUUGAAUUGGAAAACAUUCACUUUAGUAACCCAGCAGAAUGAUGAAUAUGAUGACGAUGUGCAAAAUAUUGCUAAGAAAUUAACGAUGGAAGCUAUUUCAAAAGGUCUUUGUGUUUUAGUCCACGAUAACGACGAAGACGAUUAUUCAUCGAAAAUCGUGCACAUUGGGAAACCUAGUAAUGGACUUUUUACUGGAUCAAUGAAUGCAUCGAUUCUAGUUGUCAGUGAAGGAAAUUUAGAAGGAUAUUUGAAUCGUGUAAACUCGACUAAUUCAAUAUUGCUCUUAGAAGAUGCCAGAAACGAUUUCGACGGUUUGGAACAGAGGGUACAAAGAUCAAGAUGGUGGGAUGAAGAUGGUGCAAACACUUAUGAUACCGAAGAAAUGAGAGAUGUUCGAUGGUUGCAAGAUACAGUGGAUGUUUAUACAAAAGCCCUUGAUGUUUUAUGUAAAAAGAAGAAAUGCAAGGGUCAAGUAAAUCCUACCGAUUGGAAUAAUAUUUUGGUAAAUGUAUUGUCGACAAAAAUAACAGAAGAAGACACAUCAUCAAAAUCAUUAGAUCUAUCAUUAAAAACAAGAUAUUCAAAAUUAACUCCUUUGGGAAGAAUGAAAGUUACCAAAGGUAAAGCAAACAUGGCUUGGGGAACGUCUGAAGAUGACGACGAUGAUGAUUUUUCCGAUGAUGAUGAGGAAGAAGGUGACGUCGGUCAUGUUCCAAAAUUAUUUAAAAAACUCAUUUCUAAACAAAAGGAAUCACGAAGCGGAUGCGCUACUUCGACAAAGGAAAUAAAAAGUACACUCGAUGAUGAUGAUGAUAAUGAAAAUUCACAUGUUUUCGUUACCGAAAUGGAAGAAAGUGAAUGGUGGACAAUGGUAAUGACAGUAAGUGGAAUAGGAGUGGCCAUGUUUUCUGUUGGUAUUUUGGCUGUUUACAUUGUCUACUCAAAUAUUCGUGGACCAAGAGCGUCAAAAAAUUUAGAAAGGGACAAUAGUUUAAGAAGAGUCGGAAGUGAUCGAAGACCAACAAUUACACAACGAGUCUUAAGAAGUAAUCCGAGAAGGGAAAGUAAUCGAAGUAUUCAAAGUAAUAUCUCAGAGAAGAGUGUAUGAGAAAUAUUUUCAUUCCUGACAUGAACAAAAUAAGACACGUUAAUUUUUCAAAUUAAUAUGCUUUCAAAAAUUUUCAGAAAAAUCUUUACGACUCACUAUUAUAUAAUAGCUCACUGAAUUAAUUAUGAAUAAUUAUUGUAAUUAAAUCGAGAGAGAGAGAGAGAGAGAGAGAGAGAAAGA